AUUAGAAAGCUGAAAUGUGAACAAGACACAGGAAAGGAGGGGUGCUUACAGGAAGAGAGAGAGAGAGACUGCAGGAAAGAUGAAAAGGCUGGCCACCUCCAGGUCUUGUGCAAGGCUAAUGAGCUAACCAGCUGCUGGAUGUAUCCUUAUUAAAGAACCAGCAUCGUCUCAUCACUCUCCAUCUAAAAACAAAUAAGCAUAUUUCACAAAAUGUCAAAAUAUUUCUUUAAUAAUUAAAAGUAACAUUUCCAUGUCAGCCAAAAGCAUUGCAUUGUGUCUUGUUUUUCUGGCUGAGGCUCUCUGUUGAUUUUUUUUUUUCCUACAAGUAUAAACAACUGAAAUUGUGUGUGAAUCCCCUCCUCUCCUGUUCUCCUCCUCUCUUCUGUUUCUAUCCUCCUCCUCCGCAGCUCUUCUGUCAGACUCCUGCAGUGCUGACACUGGAGAGGAAGGGAACUAUACAACGAGUGCUCUGUGUCAGUUUUUGUUUACACAUGUGUGUUUGUGUGGGGACCACACACCCACUGCCUUGGCUGACUGAGGUCAAGGUGGGAGAUUUGACUCUAAGUUGGACGGAUGGUUGGAUGCUGCAGCCUGACAUCCACUUUGUUGCCUGGUGGUGUUCUUGAGCGGAGGUCAGACUAGAAUUUGAGCAGCUGAAUCUGAGGAGCAGCUACAGAUGAGGAGAAGCAGGGGAAUAGACGAGAGGAGGAAAGAAUGAAGGCAUGAAUGAUGGUGUACUGUAUGUUGCUGAAAAGAGAUUAAGGACAAAAGGGGCAUUAGACAAUAAAAGAUUGAAAGAGCAAAGGAUGCAGGUUGGAAAAGCAAUGCACCAGAGACGUGGCCUGAGGCAGCAGUGGUGGCAGAUGAAGUAAAGCCUGACCAUGUCCACUGGAGCGAGAUCAUGACUUUGCUCAAUGAGUCAGAUGAGGCCUCCCCUCCCUCUUUUCUUCUCUCACCUUUUGACCACAAUUUCUCCAUCCUUGUUACCCAUGAUCCCUCAUACUCCGCCACAUCCUACCCCAUCUCCUCCCCUCUGACCUCCUCCAACUGCACCAGCGCUCCGUCGGCCUCCUCUCCUCCAUACAACUUCUACGCCGUGCUGCUGGUGCUCCUGAUCUUCUGCGUGGUGUUCGGUAAUGUGUUGGUGUGCAUGGCGGUGUCUCGGGAGCGCGCUCUGCAGACCACCACCAACUACCUCAUUGUCUCCCUGGCUGUGUCCGACCUCCUGCUGGCCACGCUGGUCAUGCCCUGGGGCGUCUACCUGGAGGUGGUGGGAGAGUGGCGCUUCAGUCUCAUCCACUGUGACAUCCUGCUCACCCUGGAUGUCAUGAUGUGCACCGCCAGCAUCCUCAACCUCUGUGCCAUCAGCAUCGACAGGUACACUGCGGUGGCCAUGCCGAUGCUCUACAACACCAGGUACAGCUCCAGGAGAAGGGUGGCGGUGAUGAUUGCUGUGGUGUGGUUCCUCUCUUUUGCCAUCUCCUGCCCAUUAUUGUUUGGACUCAACAACACUGCCAGUCGAGAAGGUACCACAUGCAGCUUUGCAGACCCAGCCUUCGUGGUGUACUCAUCUGUGGCCUCCUUCUAUGUGCCCUUCAUUGUAACUUUGCUGGUGUAUGCACAGAUCUGUGUGGUGCUGCGCAAACGAGGCAGACGCACUGCGCCACCACGUACACAUAGCCUGCACACACAAGGUGCAGCUGAGGCAGGAGAAGGUCAUCGGCACAGAAAGAACAAAUGCACACAACCAGAAGAUGUGAAGUUGUGCACCAUGAUCCUGAGGCCAGCAACUGCAGCUCCGCAGCGCAAGAAGGUGACUCUGGUAAAGGAGGCGGUUGUUCACCCCCUCGAGGUGGAGCCGGGUCAGUUUCUGCCUCAGACAGAGCAGAACCUGGCUCCUGACCCUGCUCCCCGGACCCCCACCCACUCUGGACAGGCAAAGAUCUCCCUGUCCAUCUCAGUCAGACCUUCCCCGGUUCUUCCUUCAACUAUGACACGAUCAGCCCUGAUACCUCGCCCCCCCACCCUCGAGGACGGCACAGGGGGACUUGAGGGAUGGAGGCAGCGCAGCGGAGGCAGAGAGAAAUGGGGGGUCACCAAGGAGAGGGUGAGAGGGAGGCUGUCACAACAGAAGGAGCGGAAGGCCACACAAAUGCUUGCUAUUGUGCUUGGUGUGUUCAUCAUCUGCUGGCUGCCUUUCUUCCUGACACACGUCCUGAAGGCCCACUGCAACAGCUGCUGUAUCUCGCCCACCCUGUACAGCGCCGUCACCUGGCUGGGGUACCUCAACAGCGCUGUCAACCCUGUCAUCUACACUACUUUCAACAUUGAGUUUCGCAAAGCUUUCAUCAAGAUCCUGCACUGCUGAGAGGCUGAAUGACAAGAAGCAUUCGCUGUCAGGAAAAAGAACAUGACAUUGAUUUAAGAGCUAUCAGAAGUAGAGGAGAAGGUAAUAAAGUUUUGGUAUACCUGAAUAUGUGGAUGAAAAAAUAGACAGAAUGACUGAUGAGUUACAGUAACAUGAUACAAGCUCUCUAGAAAAUUGAAGACUAGAGAAAUAUAACCAACAGAAAGAAAGAAAGACACAAAGAAACUACCAGAUGAUCACAAAAAAAGAGUGUGUGAAGUAAAAAAAAAAAGGCUCCAAGAAACACAAUCAAGUUGAAGAUAUUUAUGGAGAAGAAGGCGCACUGUGCUGUGUACAUAAACUCUGUAAAGGGAAUAUCUCAAAUCUCUCGACAGCAUCCUGACUGCAAGAGAUGUAACUGUUUUUCCAAUUCACUCAAACACUUGAUUUGUGUCAGACUCUCGUUGUAUAUUCUUGUAAUCUUCAGGAUUUUGUUAUUUAUUCGCAUGUGCUCGUCUUUCUCAAAGGACUGCAAUAAGUCCAGGCAAUAAAAAAAAAAAACUUUCACAGAUUAUUAUGUGACUAGCAGCUAAAGUAGAAUCAUUGAUUUGGUGAAUGAACACACAUAUGAAAUUAGCAGACAGCGAAGAGCGAUUUCACCCCGUUUUUUUUUUUUUUUCUUUCAGUAAGUCCAUGCAUGUAAAAGUUGGUUUUGUAAAUAAUCAUUUUACUGGCUUUGAAUAGGGAUCACAACAGACCAAUUAAAAUAAUAAUAAAACAUUUUCCUUUUAUUUGUGUUUUGAAGCAAUUGCCAUCCAAUUGGCUUCAAGGGAAAUUUUCUUUUACCCAAGAUGCUCUUUAGAGAAUGUGUAGUAAAAUAUAAGAAAAUAAGUAGAAUUUAAAAAAUGACAUUUUUCUGCAAAGCAAUACAAGCAGUGUUCUUGAUAGGAUUGUAAAUAGCAUUUUACCUCUACAGUGGCACAGAGGUAGUAAAACGCACCAAGAGUCCCAGUGCCAACAGCUAGCAUUCAGACAGGAUUCUGUGCACAUACUGAGGAUUUUCAAUUAAUCCCUCCAACUGUUUAUCUGGGGUCGGGUCAUGGGGGUAGCAAGCUUAGAGGGGCAGUCCAGAAGUCCCUCUCUACAACAACGUUUCCCAGCUCCUCCUGUGAUUGCAGAUGGGCCUUGUUUUAUGCAAAACCUUCCUCAAUCUUUCUGCCAAUAUGGUGCAAACUCCCGUCCUUAAUGAGAUUGGAAAAUGUGCAGUGAACAUGUAUGUGUGUGUGGGCUUUACCCAUCCUUUCCCAAAAGAUUUAAUUAAGUGUUGUCGAAUAUUUACAUGAUUCCCUUGCAGCAGUGCCCAUGAAAUCUCUUGUUUUAUUGUUUACCUUGAAAUUCAUACAUAAAAACAUUGUGCCACUGACACAUGGAAGAAAGAGAGAGAGAGAGCUUGCUUUAGUUGAUUUAACCUCAUUUGCACUUAUUUUCACACUUAUUUCCUUAUUUUUGAGGUGGAUGUGACUCAGGCAGUUUGAUUCCAGCUUCUCUAGUCCUGUCGAGGUGCCCUUGGUCUCCAGCUUGCUCCUGGUGGCUGUUCUAUAGGUGUGUAUGUUUGUGCGCAUGAAUGGGUAAAUGGGAAAUAAUAUAUAGUGCUUUGAGUGCACUUCCUUGUUUUGAAAAGUGUUAUCUACUAUAUGUACUAUACCAUACCGUGAAACCAUGUGAUAUUUCCUUUAAAGGAAUAGUUUAACAUUACAGCAGUCUCAUGUUUGUUCAGUUAAGUAAAAAUGAAGCUGCAGCUGCUUAGCUUAGCAUGGAGACUGGAAACUGGGUUAGAAACAAGUCCAAAAGUAAAAACAAAAUCUUAUUACUAGUACUUCUAAAUCACAGUAUUACAUUAUAUCUUGUUUAAUGCAUACCAAAACCAAGGGGUAAAAGUGGCUGGGAGCACAGAUUUUUAGUUUUUGGACAGACACAAGCUAGGCUAGCAUUUCCCCUGUUUCCGGGCUUUAUGCUAAGUUUACUGUCCUCUGGCUCCAGCUUCACAUUUAAUGAACAGCUAUGACAUCAUUAUCAAUCCUCCCAUUUAACUCUUGGCAAUAAUGCAAACAGCAUCAUAAUGUCAAACUACUGUUUUAAAUCCCAUCACAAUCAUUUUUGUACUCUAAUAUCAUUCAGACCCAUUAAAAGUUCAAGUUCACUUCAGUCUGUGUUGAAACUAAUUUCUUUAACAUGAAGUGAUUACUGGACUUUGAAUGCAGAGAUAUUUUGCUAUUUGAAGUAGAAAGACCAAGGAGAUGGUGUUGGACUUUAGGAGGGCACAGGGAGCAUAUAAUCCUAUCCACAACCAUUGGACACUUUUGGAGAGGAUCAGCAACUUUAGGUUCAUUGGGGUCCAUAUCAGCAAGGACCUGAAGUGGUUAUCCUAUAUCGAGUCAGUGGUGAGAAGUGCAAAGAAGGAAGAGGAGGUAUGGCAUGGACAGAAGGAUACUCUGUAACUGUUACAAGUGCACCACUGGGUAUCCUCUCUGGCUGCAUCACCACCUGGUCUGGGAGCAGCACUUAUAGGACAGAAAGUAAAUUAUGAGUCUGCUCGAGAUAUCACCAGGUCUGAACUGCCUUCUGUGCGGGAGCUCUACAUUCAGAGGAGCAUAAGGAAAGCUGAAAAACUCAUCAAGGACCCCAGCCACCCCAGUCACACACUGUUUGAACUGCUGCCAUCAGGGACACUGUACAGAAACAUUGGAUCCAGCCGGCUCAGAGACAGCUUCUAUCCACAAGCCAUCGGACUGCUGAACUCCGGGACUCGAAGAA